GGGCGUCAUAGAUGAUCCAAAUCCAGCUGCACAAUUUUUCCAUCCUUGACGCGAUCAACUCUUGUCUCAUACCGUCCUCUUUUGGUCCAGAUGGAUACAAAUGGAAGGAAACGGAGAAGUGACAGGGGCAUGGGAUAAGAAUGGUGUUUGCAACUGUCUUGUUAGCUCAUUACGUUUGUAAAAGUCCUAUAUACUGGUUUCUGUUUCUGGCCAUGACCACGAGAGCGGCAUGCGUGCAUGUCAACUUUGUUGAUCUGAUGCGAACAUUAAAGCGCGGACAUCAUGGACGAAUAGGCCUCAUUUACAAUCGCUACAGCCCCACUGUCAUGUUGGUAUUUCGUGUGGCAUUAGAUUGCACAAGGAGAAACGGGUCAUGCCAAUCACUUCUCAUUCCCUCGACGUCGUUUGCCUGUCAAUCAUUCAAGGCGCAAACUCUAGUGAUGAUAUACUCAUUUGGGAACGCAUUUUAGAGCGGUCUGAUACCUGUCGUUAUACAAGUGAAAAGAGCGACGGGUUCUUUUAGGGUCUGGAUCAUACUCGCUCUAGUCAUUAUCUGAAUGCUCUCUCGCACUAUGCUUAUAGAUA